ACCAGGGGAGCCAAGGGAGUCAAGGGAAUCAAGGGAAUCAGGGGAAUCCAGAGAAUCCCAUGGACUACGACGACGUCAUGCCCGAGGGUGACGGAUUCUCAGAGACCAGUGAUCAGCCAAAAUGGAGACGUGCUAAACUGCAGGGUACCAAAGUGAACAGGAAAUUGAAACGCCUGAGGAUGAAUCAACGUCUGAGGAAGACCCUGAUGCCGAAGAACGCGAUAAUGGUUCUGAAUGAGAUGAAAGCUGGUGUCCAGUUCACCUUCCCGGAGACCCAGUCAAUCCCCAAUUCCCUUUUUCUUGUCCAUGCCGAGCUGGAUGGUAAGACGUACGUUGGUCAGGGUCUCUCCAAGCCCCUGGCACGUCAGAAUGCUGCUGAGAAUGCCCUGAAGUGUCUCCUCCUCGAGAAAAUGACAGCAGCUGCCAACAAAGCUCGCACUGACGCUGAGAAUGACUCCCAGGGAGCUGUCGAAUCAGCUGAUACCACCAAAGAGGGUGUCUCAGCAGAGGGUGUUGCUGCUGCUGCUGUUGCUGCUGCUGAGGGUGGACAGGCCCAAGAAUCAACAGCUACUCCAAUGAGUGUUGAUGAGACUGAUGAGAUACCCUGGAGUUCACUCGCUAGUUUUGCACUUUACAAAUUAUUCUUGGAGUGGCAGAAUCAGGGAACUGUUGUACCUAUUCCACGACCUGGAACUCAGACACCACCCAAAAUCAGGGCUGAAUCAAAACCACCGACGGAGAGAGUUCUACCUGAGAAUGCACUCUCUGUUCAUCCUGUUAUGCUUCUCAAUCAGAUGAAACCUGGAAUUACUUACGUCGAGGUCAGCAGAUCUGGAAAUCCGCCACACACUAUGUUCACACUUUCCGUUGAGAUCGACGAGAAAGUAUUCACUGGCUCUGCGAAAAACAAGAGGGACGCGAAGAAAAUAGCAGCGAAGGCAGCCCUGAAGGCCCUGUACAAUCUCGAAUACCCGGAGGAAAUAAAACCCGAACCCGUAGAGCCGAUGCAGGUGACAGAGGCGAUGCUCCAGCAGCCCCUCCAAUAGAUUGACACAAUUCUUUUCACAAUUACCGAGUAUCAAUCAUUCGAUAUUUCAUGACUUUAGUUCGUGUUAAUCCUGACGUUUCGUCAAUUUCGUUCGUAAUUUAAUGACUAUUUUAUCAAUAUGUAAUGAAUGUCGUAUUGAAACCCUUGGAUUAAUAAAUAAAUUACGCAAAGAAGACAA